UUAACGGCAAUUGCUUUUGUUGUUCCAUGCGUCACCUAAAACUACUCGUAAGGGUCCAACAAGACUGAAUAUACAAUGGCCCGUAGUCAAGACCCAUUGAUUUGCAAUUAAAACACCACUACACUUUUCGCCAUAAAAGAUUGAAUGAUCUCUUUCUAUUGAAGCGUAGAAUGGCACUUUUCCUGGGAUGGUAUCGCGACCACAGACUUGAUCAGUCAAUUCAUUGUCAUAAGAUUGGAAAGUCGAUUGUGACUUUUCAUGAGACAACUGGAGUCCAUUUGAAAAGAGCCUUUACCGUAAGCAACAAAAAAGAUACAAAUAGAGUCAUUUUAAGUUUGAGAUUAGAGUUUAAGACGAAGAUGAGGACUGACAAAUUGAAUCUUCUCGUUUUAUCUUUAAAUAGCAAGCAUUUCAAUCUUCUUAACAAGCCAUAAACGGUUUAAAAACAAGUAUGAAUUGAAACAAAAUUAUCAAUCCUAUCAGGAAUCAAGAAUUAAGGCUCUUCUCGAAAUUUACCUCCCCCAAUGACUAAACAUCGUCAAUGAAAAACUAAAAAAUAGAAUAGAUAACCUGGUUAUACAGCUGAAUAAAAUGAAAUCUAAUUUUGAACUUUGCAAGUGAUUUUAUCAAAAACUCUGAGAGAAUCAUAGAAAUCUUUAACCACUCGAUUCGUUUAUAUUAUCAUAACCCUAAUAGGUCAUCCGGUUCCAAGAUUUUUCAUCUAACUCUACAUCAAUCUUUUCAUCUACUCUUUAUUCAAAGACAUAGUUUUACAUUAAAUCCUGGUCCAACAUUCAACCCGAAUAACAAAAAGGUUCCCCCCUCUCAACGUCAUUACAUACGGAUUCUACAUUUUCCCCAGUCACUGAUUUUCAUGAAUUUUCAGAGACUUGAAUUCUGAGGUGAGGUUUCAUAUUUCUCGUGAUUUAGUUGAAUUAGGACUUUUACGCUGUGUAUUUUUUUUCUUAGAACCCACUCAGUUUGGCCACAAUCUCGACGCGAAAAUUUGAUACAUUUUACUUUACGGACUUUACGGAUUUGACUUUAUGGAUGUCGUUGGAUGUUUGCGGCCGUAGAGGCUAUGAUAGCCAAAAAGAAAGCCAAACUCCAUUGAUUCAGCUAUCUUGUUAGGUUAAACUAAAAAAUUCAUAAAAAGUCUUAUAAAUUCACAAUUGUAUUUGCCGCAACCUAUUUGAAGCUUUUACUCCCUUCUCCUUCCCUUCCCUUUAGCCCUUAAAGAACACAAUGAGCUACUUGAUGAUGACACUAAUUAUAGCUGUCCGAAUAUUUUGAUAUGAUUCGUAUUACUUUUGGUCAUCUUCCUCUUACCUGAGAAAAAGAUGUUGAAAGAUAAGUUAGCAAUUAAAAAGCAAUUUAUGAACUAAAACUUACUCUAAUAUCACAUUAACUUUAUCAUUCACCGAGAAUGUUUGAACAAUUAUUUACAAACAACACUACUCAGAUUGAAUGUUAGACCAGGAAAGUUUUUCGAGGAAUCGCCAAACACGUUUACUAAAAGAUCAACAACUUCUUCUUCCUUAACCAUUUUUAUUGAGUCGCAAUAUUUUCAAAUCUUCAUGAAUCGCGUUCAAAAUGAACGUUCCAUUUUGACAUUAAUUAUAGCUGUCCGAAUGUUGCCAUAAGAUUCGUGUUCUUCUUGGUCACCUUCAUCUUCCCUGAGAAAUAAUCAUCCUUUUGAUUGAAUACUUACUCUAAAGUAAGUAAAGUUUACUGAGGAAUCGUCAGAUUCGUUACUUUAAACAUCAAAAACUUAAACAUUCAGCACAAACCUAUAAUAAUUAUAUUAUAUUUAUUGCACCAAAGAAAAGGAUAAAAAUUUAAAUCGUUUCAAAAUAUAUUUCAUUUGUUUCUUUAUUUAAUUUGAGCAAAAUUGAAGAUAGUAACUGUAAUAACUAGUGGAAUGUUCUUUUAAUCCAGUCCAAGUAAAAUCCUACUCUAAGAAAUCCUUUAAGACAAAGGCGGGGUGAAACAGGAUCCUGACAAGGCACGUUAUGCAGUGAGAUUCCAAUGUUUUUCAACGUUGACCAUCAAUGGAUUGCCAAAAUGAGCAAUAAAUACAUCUCUUACAUCAUUGGUGUAACCAGCACACAUAAACGACUCAGUGAUAAUUGGUUUGUUGAACCCAACUUUCUCAAGUUAUGAGGCCUUUGAAUCAAAAUCAAGAGAACUGUCGAUUUUAAAAAAAUGUUCUAUCAUUGAUGAGUACCAACAAUUUACCAAUGUAUAUCGACGAAAGAUAAGGGUAAAGGCCCAAAACAGCCAAAGUCAAAACAGCCAAGUCCAAACCAGCCAAAUACAAAGCUGCUUAAAUCAUAUCAAUUCAAAUUGCAAAAAAAUCCAAAAAAAAACCUGCCUAUGAAUAUUGAUAAGCUAAUUAAUUAUACUUAAUUAGCUCGGAUUGAGUCAAAAAAUGGUCUACAUACACCUAUAUCGAUGCUCUUGUGUCCGCAAAAUUAUUGAGUCUAUUGAUUAAGCCAAACUUAUUCAAAAUUGAAGCAAAAGUCAGUGGUAAAAAAACAAAAGUACUUUUUGAUACCCCUAAUAGAUCUGAUUAUUUAAGUAGUUUUAUUUGAUUUAAGCAGCUUUGUAUUUGGCUGUUUUGACUUUGGCCGUUUUGGACUUGGCUGUUAUGGACUUGGCUGUUUUGACUUUGGCUGUUUUGGGUCCAAACCAAAGAUAAGUUUCAGCUCUCUAACUCUUAGUUUUAACUUUUAACCUGAAGAGAUUAUUUCUUUAAAGCUUAAAAGAUUGGCGAAUUCGAACCAAACCGAAGAAUACGAAAUAACUAAUGAAUAAAACCGUUUAUGACGCUUUAAGAAGAUUAAAGUUCUUGCUAUUUAAAGACAAAACGAGAAGAUUCAAUUUGUCAGUCCUCAUCUUGAUCUUUCUCUCGUCAAACUUAAAAUGACUUUAUUUGUAUCUUUUUUGUUGCUUACAUUACCCAUCAUUUCAAAUGGACUCCCAUUGUCUCAUGAAAAGUCACAAUCCACUUUCCCAUCUCAGUACAAUGAAUUGACUGAUCAGGUCUGUGGUCGCGAUACUAACCCAGGAAAAAUGCCAUUCUACGCUUCAAUAGAAUAUGAUGAUACAACCGGCCAUUACGCGAUGUGUAGUGGUGUUUUGAUUGCAGCUCGAUGGGUCUUGACUGAGGCUGUUUGUAUAGGAACAAUUAUGGGAUCAAUGCGAGUUGUUUUAGGUGACGAAUGGAACAACAAAACAAUUGGAGUGCAAGACAUUUACGCCCAUCCGGAUUACAGACUUCCGUAUUUUAUAGGAUAUAUGUCCAAUGUCUCUCUUUUAUAUUUGAAAGAGCCAGUUCAGUUCAGUAGGAGUAUCCAACCAAUUUGUUUACCAGAACCUGGAGAAGAUGGAACUUUUCAUGGUCGCUAUGGGACAGUUGCUGGCCGGCAAAAACGAAAUCGAAUAAUGGUGAUAUUUACACCUUCAAAUGUGCAUUAUACCAGUUUGCCUAUCGACAGAUCUGAUGAUUGUGAUAAAUUUUUCAAACAAGUCAUGUACAAAAAUAUCACUGAUUCCUUUUUUUGUGCUGGUUACCCGAAAAGACAAAAAGAUGCAUGUUUUCCUGAUCGUGGCGAUCCGUUCAUGGUCAAAGUUCGAAAACAUUGGGUAAUUGCUGGGCUCUCAGUGAUGAACGUGAACUGUAAGAGGCACCAUGCACUCGAUAUUUACGUUAGAGUUGAAUUUUACUUGGACUGGAUUGAAAGAACAAUAGAGCAACAUAAUAUUUGAAAUGUAUUCCGAAUUGAUUUAAAUGUUCACUUGUUGUCUUCGGCGCAUUAAAUGUAAUUUUCAAAAUACUUUUGAG